AGGGAGCGAAAAGAGAGACGAUGUGACCUUUGACCCCGCGCCCUUUGACCCGCCCCGCCCGUGCGCAGAGGCCGUGCAGCCCCGUAGGCCAAUCGUUAUCUCCUUCUCGGAGCGCGGGGCAGAGCGUGCACAUCGUUUCGGGUCUGUUACGGACUUAAAAAUGCGUUACGUGGCCGCUUACCUGCUUGCUGUCCUGGGUGGCAACAACAACCCUACAGCCAAGAACAUCAAGAAGAUCCUCGACAGUGUUGGUAUCGAUGCAGAUGACGAACGUGUCAACAAGGUCAUCAGUGAACUGAGUGGCAAAGAUGUUGAUGAUGUUGUCAAUUCAGGCCUCUCCAAGUUAGCCUGUGUUCCAGCAGGCAGUGCUCUUGCUCCAGCCGCUGCUGCAUCUCCGGCUGCUGGUGAAGGCGCACCUGCAGAAGAGAAAAAAGAGGAAGAGAAGAAGGAAGAAUCUGAAGAGUCUGACGAGGACAUGGGAUUUGGGCUCUUUGAUUAAUCACUUUGUUCUGGAAAAACAAUAAAAAUAGCAAAACCCAAAACUA